GGCUCGUUUCUCACGAUGUCCCCCCGCUGUCCCCGCACCCCGCGACCAGCGCGCCCCAGCCCCAACCCACGCCCCGGCCACGCCCAUCACUCCUCAUUGGCGGCGAUCCGGCCCCGCCCCUUCUCUGAUUGGCUGCCGCCGCUCCCCGCGGUCCGGGCUGGGCGGGGCCCGGGGUCGCGGUCUCGCCCGGGGGUCGCGGCAGAGCCGCCCCCAGCCCGUGAGUUCCGUGCCCGGGGCUCGGCGGGAGCGGCAGGCGGGCAGCGGGGCCGGGCCGGCCCGCCAGGCUCCGGAAAGGCUCCGCGAGGGGCUCCAGCCGCCGUGGCCAUGUCGGCCGAAAGCGCCGCGGUGCCGGCCGAGCCCGGGCCGGAGACGCAGAGCGUGGUGAGCCGCGUGGCCGGCCUGCCCCUGGUGAGCUGUGCCCGCGGGGCCGUGGCCUCGGCGUACGGGCGCGCCAAGGAGCGGCUGCCCUGCGUGCGCUCCGUGUGCGAUGCUGCCGAGAAGGGCGUGAGGACACUGACAGCGGCAGCGGCCAGCGGGGCCCGGCCCCUCCUCACCCGCCUGGAGCCCCAGAUUUCCACCGCCAACAAGUUGGCCUGCAGAGGGCUGGACAAGCUGGAGGAGAAGCUGCCCAUCCUGCAGCAGCCCCCCGAGAGGGUGGUGGCCGGCACCAGGGAGCUGGUGUGGUGCACGGUGAGCGGGGCGGCGGCCAGGACGCGCGCGGCGCUCGGGGCCGCGGGGGGCACGCGCCUGGGGCGGCUGCUGGCCACGGGCGCGGACGCCGUGCUGGGCAAGUCAGAGGAGCUGCUGGAUCGGUACCUCCCCGCGGCGGACGAGGAGCUGGUGCCCAGCACGGGAUGGCCCAGCCACGCUGCCCUCACCCCUGGUUCCACAGCGGCGGCAGCAGGCACAGAGGUGACCACGGGCACGGAGGUGACCACAGGCACAGAGGUGACCACGGGCAUGGAGAUGACCACGGGCACGGAGAUGACCAGGGGCACGGAGGUAACCACGAGCACGGAAGUGACUACAGGCACAGAGGUGACCACGGGCACAGAGGUGGACACGGGCAUGGAGAUCACCAGGGGCACGGAGGUGACCACAGGCAGAGGGGUGACCGGGGGCAUGGAGGUGACCACGGGCACGGAGGUGACCAGGGACACAGAGGUGACCAGGGGCACGGAGGUGACCAGGGGCACGGAGGUGGCCACGCAGGAGCGGCAGAGGCGGUGGCAGAGCUACUUUGUCCGCGUGGGCUCCCUGACAGCCAGGCUGCCCCACCGGGCCCUGCGGCGCUCGCUGGGGGACCUGCAGCGGGCACGGCUCCGUGCCCAGCGGCUCCUGGCCCAGCUCCACCACGUCAUCCGGCUGAUCGAGGAGGGGCAGCAGGGCACGGACGGGCCCUGGCACAGCACCCGGGAGCACCUGCACCACCUGUGGCUGGAGUGGAGCCAGCAGGAUGCCGUGCCCAUGGAGGACAACGAGGUGGAGGCUCGGACCCUGGCCAUGCUCCACGGGCUCCUGCACCAGCUCCACGGCGCCUGCUCCCACCUGGCCAGCGGUGCCCGGGCGUUCCCCAGCAGCGUGCAGGAGACGGCGGGACACGUCCGGCACGGCGUGGAGGGCGUCCAGGCUUCCCUGGCCGGCGCCCGCUCCUUCCAGGACCUGUCGGGGCUGGUGCUGGCGCAGAGCCGGGACGCGGUGACGCGGGCCCAGCUGAGCCUGGAGGGGCUGCUGGAGCACGUGGGGCAGCACACGCCCCUGCCCUGGCUCGUGGGACCUUUCGCCCCCGCGCUGGUGGAGUACCCCGAGGAUGUGCCGGUGGAUAUGUCCAAGUGGGAGGGCUGUGUCACCGUGGGGGGGACGCACCGGGUGCCCCAUGCCCCCCAGCUCUGCGGCCAGCACUGAGGCACUGGUGCUGCUGGGCUAGGGGAGCACCCACCCAGAGGCACGGACCCCAAUCCCACCGGGAAUGAGGGAGUGAUGGACUCGGUGACCCGGCGUGGGACCCCAGUGUCGCGGCCGGGGACUGCUGUGGGGAUGGUGGCACGUGGAGGACACGGUGUGAGUCUGUCUGGGAUCCAGCACUGCCCCAAGCCCCGGGAAUACUGGAAUUUCAUGUCUUAACAGCUUCAAACCAGUUUAAAGAGGAAGAAAACAA